AUGCUGGCUACUCGGGUGACUGUGCCGAGGAAUGAUGUCGGUGCCGAGUUUGAAUCCUUGGUUUCUAAGAAUCCACAAGUUGGAGUGCGCAUCUUGGAGCAAGCGUUGCGGCAGAGGCGAUUGGGAACAGACACUAGUCGCCAGGCAAGGGAAGAGAUCAGUCGCAGGAGGUGGAUCUUGGAAUUAGCCAAGGUCAUCCGAGAGGCAGGCCUUCCAGCGGCAUCGCGUAUUGAUGCUAUGAGCAAUCCUGAGGCAGCCUGGGUUCGUGCUUUUGGCUCCCGUCGAGCAAAGACUUUAAAGAAUCGUGCAGUGGUCUGGCGCAAGCUGGUAGAGUGGCUACAGGCUACGUACUCGGUGUGCUGGCCUCAGUCUGCAGAGGUGGUGCUACAGUAUUUGGAAGAGAGGCAUGAAAUUUCACCAUUGGGCAAAACUGUCCCGGGGGGAAUUCUUUCUUCACUGGGCCUACUGGAACAGGUUGGCCAGGUUGAUGUCACCGAUCGCUUGAGUGAGGACACGUUGCUCAUUGAGGGCGUUCGUUCCUGGAAGGUUGAAUUGGAACAAGACUCAGCACCAGUUAAGCAAGCACCCAUGUUUCCGGUGAUUGUGCUGCUGGCGUGCGAACUCUUGGUUUGCAACACUUCAGCUGAUACGUGGAGCAGAUUUUAUGCUUUCAUUAUCCUCCUCCAGGUGUGGGCCACUUUGCGCGUGGAUGAUCUUCAGAAUAUCAACCCGGCGAGCAUAACACUGUCACAGCUUGGGCUUAAAAUGACUUUGGACAGGACGAAGACAUCAGGUGCCGGGAAGCAUGUCGGCAGGCUACAGGCAUUUGUCAUGCGGGGCAUCAGCUUAUCUGGAUUCGACUGGAUCGGUCACGGCUACCGCUUGCUGAAUUCGGAGGCCCUCAAGUUUGAACGGGACUUCCUGUGUGUUCGUUUCUGCGGGGACAGGGACACUGCUAGCCAAGGGUUCAUCGACAAUGAGGAGGUUGCUCUUAACAUACGCAAGUUACUGCAGGAGCUGCCUAUGCCAGUCAAGAAGUCAGGCAAGUGGACAUAUAGUCGGGAUUCGCGGAUGCUUCCUGAAGCUGUUGUGCCUUACUUCACAGGACAUUCGGGCAGGCACACACUGCCUAGUUUGGCGGCUGCGGCAGGUGUGGGCAAGGAGCCUCGAGAUUACCUGGGAAGAUGGUCUGCAGCUAAGCAUGGCAGUCAGGACUACGUGCUUACAUCGCGUCAAGUUGUGCAUCAUGUACAGUCAACGACUUGUCGAGCCAUCCUCGAGGGAUUGCCUGCUCCGGGAAUCGUUGAAGAAGAGAGCUUGAAUGAGAUUCAGGACUAUUAUGCCAAGCGAGGAGGCCCAUCGAUGCAACUUAAGCGUCAACUGAAGUGCUUGGAGUGGGAUGAUGAGAGGGGCUCGUGGGCCCUGGGGGGAACUUUCCCCUUGAUCAGCAUGUCACCUGGGAUUCUGGAACAGGCCAAAGGGGAUCCUGGGGCAAAGCUUCCAGAAACUACGAUCGAGCUGGCGGUGGCAGCUCCCUAUUUUGUCACAGUUUCGAGGUGCCGGCCGACAGAUCAGAAUCGGCCAGCAUCCAGUAGUUCCGGUUCAGAUAGUGUGGAGCCACCCGCAGAUCAAGAGGGCUGCAACCAACCGCAUCCACUUUGGGAGCACUUUGCCAAACUGAGCAUCAAGGAUGACAAGAAGGGGGAUUUGCACGCGUGGCUAUCGAGCAUUGCAGUCAAACAGGGCUUCGAAUUGCAGAUGGCCGAAUUUGAUGCGACCCGCGAACCUGCUUCGGACCUUAGUGAUCCUGGUUUCUGGGAUGGACUUUUCUCGGAGAUCAAGUCUGGGUCGUGGGACAUUGUUUUGCUUACUCCGCCAGCAUCGACAUUCUCGCGUGCUCGCAACAGGCACGCUGGGCGCAAUGGUCCAAGACCAGUGCGGGAUGCUUCCUACCCGUGGGGCUUUCCUUGGUUGCGCAAUGCCGAUAGGGAACUAGUUCACGAUCAUUCCGACACUGUCGGUUGGGACGGCAAUGCCUGGCGCUCUGCCUUCAGCUAUCCUUCAGCUUUCUGUGAGUUCCUUGCUCGAGCUCUGGCGUCGAGUGCACAAGCAACAUUGGCCACAGACUCAGCGGCACUGCCUGAGCUUCCGCAUGCGGCUGAGGCGUUUGCUCGUGAGCUCCUCGCAAAACCCGAAAUUUUGGCGUCUGACAUUGAAACCUUGUUCAGCUUGCUUCCUCAUGAGCCACCCCAUGCUGGUUCUCAGGCGAGCUCAGGAACGGCUUUCUUCACUGGUGCAUGCAGCUUGGGAGGUAUCGCUGGACUUCGCGCAAAUGCCAGCAAGUUUCCCCUUGCUUCACAGGUGCUAUGUCAUUUCUUGGCCAAGGUAAAACCCGACUUUCGUUUUACGUCUUGUGCUCUCUUCAACAAUGUGGCCACACAGCUACAUAAGGAUGCGAGAAAUGCGACUUGCACCAAUCUGAUUGUUUUUUUUGAGGACCCUGAAGGCACGGUUCCUUUCACUUGCGAAGGUGUCACGCGCAUGGGCACAUGUCUUGAGGUGGCAUCUGGACCCGUGAUCCUUGAUGCCAGGGAUCGCUUGCAUGCGACUCUCGAUUGGCAAGGCGAUCGCCUCGUCCUCAUUGCGUACUCAGAAGGGACCACUCCUGGGGCCCCGGUUCUUUCGGUGGCACCCGCUCUCCCCGUGUCGUGCGAGCCGUUAGGAGCCUUGGGUUUCGGUUCAGCGCAUGAGCUUGUCGAAAUAUCGAGCGAAGGUGAAGGAGAAGAGAAGGCCACAACAUCGGUGCAGAAAAAUGAGGCUGAGUUUUUUGAUCCAGCGACUAGCAGAUGCUUUGGGCCACCUCUGGUAUGCCGGCAUGAUCCAGCCAAGCCGGCAUUCAAUGAUGGUUUCGGUUUGUGCUCUCCCGGGCGGUGGAAACCUCAGGCUCGGAACCGGACGGCAUCUGCUACAGAGUUGGAGCACUGCGAGAGUAUCCGUAAUAUCCUUAACCAAGUUGUGCACGAGGAGAUUCAGGAUAUGGCCGAGCUGGAUUUUUCUUUACUUGAUAUGUUGGUGGCUGCUCGCGCUUCAUUCGAUGAAUCUCGAGCUUCACUUGCUGGAAAGUACGUCCAGGGCGAGAAGGUCAGCAAGCGGCAACGAACUGAGGACAAGACGAGCUGGUGA